GUUUCCAAAGCACAAGUCUUUUGUCUCUUCCAACAUUGUUAUAAGUCUCUCAGCUCUGUAUCAGACAAUAACCCCCUUCUUCUUUUCACUCUCUCUAUGCAUUUUUUCUCAGUAUGUAUAAAAAAAAAAAAAAAAAAAAACCAUUUUUUUUUUUGGGGUAGCUUGAUUUUUGGUAAACAGAAACAUUAAUGGAGUUGAAGAUUCACCUACUCCAUUUAUACAGACUUCUUUAAAUCCUCGGAUUUUUUCGGAAAAAAAGAAAUUCCCCAAAAAAAAAAAAAAAACGAUUUUUUUUUUAAUACAAAAGCCCAGAAGUUCAAAAAUACUCAUGGGUUUGGAAGCUUUGGUUCCUAACUUGGUACCCAAGUUUUCAACUUUUUCUGGGUCUGUGAAAUUUUGACUUUCAAGGAAAAAUAAAUAAAUGUCAGGAGUUGAUUUGGAGCAAGGUGGUGGCCAUCGGCGUUCCGGCGCCGGAAGUGAGGUAAGUGCUGACGGAAGCCUCUGUUUCUCCGAUGCAGACGACGGGUCGUGCUAUUCUCAGUUCUUCUCCACGAACGGCGGGUCGUACGACGAGUACAGGUUUGCUUUUGUAUGUGACCCUGAAACUGGGGUUGUUGUCUCGGAUUCUCGUAGAGCCUCUUCGGUUUCGGAUUGUUCGAUUCUGGUCGAAGCAGAAAAUGGAGGGGUGGUUCCGGAAGUUAAGGUGCAUUUGGCUAAGGUAGAGAGGGACUGUAGAAUUUGCCAUCUGGGUUUGGAGAGUAAUAGUCAUGAAUCUGGCAUUCCGAUUGAAUUGGGUUGCUCUUGCAAAGAUGAUUUGGCUGCUGCUCACAAGAACUGUGCUGAGGCCUGGUUCAAGAUUAAGGGAAAUAAGACAUGUGAGAUUUGUCAUUCUACUGCACGCAAUGUUGUUGGAGCAAAUGAGAUUGAAAUGACUGAGCAGUCGGCCGAGGCCAAUAAUGCCUCAUCAAGCUCUGCAGUCUCAGCAUCGGUGCCAUCAUCGACAGAGUCCCGAAGCUUCUGGCACGGCCAUCGCUUCCUCAAUUUUCUUCUAGCUUGUAUGGUAUUUGCAUUUGUGGUCUCAUGGCUCUUUCAUUUCAAUGUGCCAUCGUCAUAGGAUCCUAAAAAAAAAAGAGUUCUUGACCAUAACCAACAAAGAGAGAGAGAGAGAGAGAGAGAGAGAAGCUGCAAAUUUGAUUGUAAUGAUGAGUAAUAUGUGGUAGUUUUCCAAAGUUGCAAACCCUGCAGCAUUUAUCCAUUUAGCAAUAUAUAAUUCCUCUGCUGUUUCAAUACUUGUAGAGUUUGCUGUAUAUGUAUCUAAUGUUGCACGUUCCAUAUAUUUUUACAGCUUCAUCAGGAUUUCGAUUUAAUAGUUAAAAAAAUGUUAUAGGAUUUGGGUGUAUUGAGAAACGUUCUAAAUUGUUGAAUUAAAUAGUAUAAUUGUCUCUUCUUAUUGUUUGC